AUGCCAAUCGCACUUAUCUGUAUCCCAACAUCAUUCUCAAGAACUUCCGAUUAUUACCCAUCACCACUUAACCUCUUGUGGGCUAUAAUUCCUUUUUCUUUGAUUUAUACGUCUCGAAAAUUAUUGAUCGAAGACUUAUUUCCUAAGUUUGGAAGAAAAUUCAUAGUGAUGAAUCCAACAUGGUCCAAAGAAGUUCAAGAUUUUAGAGUACAGCGCUUUGGGAUUGUGUCUUUCAAAAUGAUAUACUUCUUUAUAUCGACUAUGUUAGGCGUCGUCUUAUUUAGAAAUGAGGACUGGAUGCCUUCUUAUUUAUUUGGAAAAGGAAAACAAGACUUGUCACUGAUUUGGGAAAACUACCCCGACCAAGAACAACCACCUCUUAUCACUUUUUAUUAUUGUUGGGAGUUGGGGUAUCAUUUCCAUUCGUUGGUGUAUCACAUCCAAAGCGAACGACGUAAUGACUACUUCGAGAAUUUACUCCAUCACGUCUCCACUAUAUUCUUAGUCAUCUUUAGUUUCAUUAACAAUUACGUGAGAAUAGGCACUUUGGUCUUGAUUUUACACGACGUUGGAGACUUCGCGAUGUACACCGCUAAGUCACUCCACGACAUGCCAAAUGACAAACCAGCUAUGUUCGCGUUUGUAGGGAUUGUGUAUACUUUCUUGAGAUUCAGAUUGGUUACCCUCGGUGGAUUUAUUAUUCCAGCGGCAUUCCAAGGGAGAUUCUGUGUGCCAGACCAUACUGCUGGGGCUUGGACGGUAUACUCAUUACUCACUGGAUUGUUAUGUGUGUUGCUUAUCCUUCACACUUACUGGUUCUAUUUGGUCUUGCAAAUGAUUUUUGGCUUCUUUAAAUCAAGAGGAACAUUCACUGAUCCACACACCAUCGGUGUCGAUUCACACACCACUGUGAAAUGA